GAGUUUUAAAAUUACGCUAUGAGGAUUGUCCACAUUGCUCUUCCGUAUUUUUUGCAUGCAAGGCAAGCAAAGAUACAACGAGUAGGCUAGUUUAUUUUGCUUUCAAGUUCACGCAUAACGUCAAGGUUUUCCCAAAGUAGCAAAAUGAUUGUGAUUGCUGAUUGAAGAAAUUUCCUCAGGAUGGCUUCCAGGUCCUGCUACUGCAUGUUGAAAGAGGCUUUGAGAUGGGGAAGGCUGACCACUCCAAAGUCCUUACAUCCAAUCAACUCAUUCUUUAUUCGCCACUCAUUUUCUUUAUUAGCAAGAUUGUCUUCAGAGAGUUCCUACACAGAAGCGCAAAACAUAUUUCUCAUGGGGCCACCAGGGGCUGGAAAAACAACAGUGGGGGGGAUAGUCGGCUGUAGAUUGGGUCUCCCAGUUAUAGAUGUUGAUGAUGACAUUCUUGAGGAGAAAUGGAAGAUGCCAGUGGCCAAAAAGCUGUCAGAGGUGGGCAGUGAACGGUUCCUAGAGGAAGAGGGUGAGGCUUUGUCCGACUUUUCCACCGUUGGCAGCGUCGUCUCAUUGACUGGGUCCAACCCCCUACACUCGGGGACAAUGCAGCGGUUGAAGAGCAGUGGUGUGGUCAUCUACCUGGAUGUGGACACAGAGGACAUCAUGCAGAGGCUGUCCAGGAUGAAAGUGAACAGGAUCGUGGGCCAAGGUCCCGAUGUCUCCAUGAGGGCCAUUUUGCAGUAUAGGCAGCAGUUUUACAAUCGUUGUUUUGAUACGAGGGUGCUUUGUGGAUCUGGAGACACCGCUGAUGAGGUGGCAGAAAAAGUACCUGCUGCCCAGCUACACAGUAUGGUGCACAGAGCAUAUGGAGAGAACUUUGCCUGUGCAUCGAUUGCACCAGUGAGGCACCUCAUCAACAAUCAGUAUGUGCAGGAGCUCUUCCAUGGCCCCACUGCCUCCUUCAAGGAUCUGGCUUUGCAGCUGAUGCCACAGCUCUUUGCCUAUUGCCUUCCCCAGAUGUGUAACUACUUGAUACUUGUGGCCACAUCUGGGGACACAGGAAGUGCUGUGCUGAAUGGCUUCAGCAGCCUUAGCGAUGCAGACAGGCAGAGAGUCGGUGUGUUAGUGUUCUUUCCUGAGGAGGGAGUGAGCGAGAUUCAGAAGCGACAGAUGACAAGUUUUGGAGAGGGCAAUGCAAGAGCUGUUGGCGUGGGCUCUGACUUUGAUUUCUGCCAGAGGGCUAUCAAGCGGAUGUUUGGUGACGCUGGUCUGACUGGGCACUUGGCAGUGGAGUAUGCCACCUUGCUGAGUACUGCCAACUCAAUCAACUGGGCCCGCUUGCUACCACAGGUUGUGUACCACUCCUCGGCCUACCUGGACCUGGUCAGCGAUGGUGUGGUUGGGUUUGGGGACCCCGUUGAUGUGUGCAUCCCCACCGGGAACUUUGGAAAUGCCAUGUCUGCCGUGUAUGCAAAGCAGAUGGGAAUCCCCAUAAGAAAAUUAAUCUGUGCUUCAAACCGCAACAAUGUAGUGGCAGACUUCAUUUCCACAGGUGAGUACGAUCUCCGCGGCAGGCCACUUCUGGCCUCCGACUCUCCUGCCAUAGACAUCCUAAAAUCCUCCAACCUCGAAAGAUUCCUAUUUCAUGCUUCGGAUCGGGAUGGCCAGCUCAUUCAGGACCUGUUCUCCAGCUUAGAAAAAGAGCAGUAUUUCAAAGUGCCCGGCGUUUUACUUGAGAGGAUACAGCGUGAUAUCCUGGCAGGCUGGUGUUCCGAAGCAGAGUGUUUGGCAGCCAUCCGUGAGAUGCACUCGCGCACAGGCUACAUACUUGACCCCCACACGGCUGUCGCCAAGGUGGUGGCGGACCGGCUCCAGGACAGAACAUGUCCGGUUGUCAUCUCCUCCACCGCGCACCAUGGCAAGUUCGCACCCGCAGUUCUCCGGGCCCUCGAGCUGCAGUGUCCCACAGGGACUCCUCUGGACCAGCUUGAGCGUCUCGGCUCAUUCAGAUCCAGGCCACUUGCACACAAUGCCCUGCUGAAGUGCCUGAGGGAAAGUGGGAACAGUCCUCAUCUUGUGUGCCCGGCUGAUGUCAGUAUACUGGUGGAUCAAGUGGAAGCCAUGAUACAGGAAUCAUUCUGCAAAGUUUAUUAGAUUUGGUUACUUAUUUUUUCAAUCAAGUAAAGAAAUAUAUACGAGGUGUACUACACACCACUGCAUUCUGGUCCUCCACUGAUCAAAGCAGUGCAGUAGGUCUUCUUUCGUUAGUUGUCUCAGACGCUCCUUUAUUUUCUUCUUCACUUCUGGAACAGACUCGAAAUGGGUUCCCUUGAGUGCAGACUUGAUUUUAGGGAAAAGAAAAAAUGGUGCUAGAUCAGGUGAAUAGGGAGGGUGGUCAAGUACUGCGAUAUCGUGUGGCUAUUAAAAUCAAGUCUGCACUCAAGGGAACCCGUUUCGAAUCUGUUCCAGAAGUGCAGAAGAAAACAACGGAGCUUCUGAGACAACUAAUGGAAGAAGACCUACUGCACUGCAUUGAUCAGUGGAGGACCAGAAUACAGCGGUGUGUAGUUGCAGAAGGGGAAUAUAUUGAAGGGGAAAGUAAUUGAAAUUGAAAUUUUCUACAUUAAAAUUGAAUUACAGCAUGAGUCUCAUUAUUUAAUAGCCACACCUCGUAUAUAUUUUGGUGUAGGCAAUGUAGUCAUUUUUCACUAGAAAAUAACUGAGAAGGAAGCACAGUAUCCUCAGCAAUCAACUGAUAAAUUUGGUUGGGUUUAAAAUUUUCACUCUGAAGAUGACCAUUAUAGCCAUUUGGAUGGUGAGUCCAUAUCAUCUGGCUGAGUUUCUGUAAGGUUACUGUUGAGCCUGGAUGCUGUUUUAAUCCACAAUAAAUAACGGAUGUCUCUGCUACAUUAGAAACUGUAAUCUUACACGGCCACUAGAUGGCAGGUUUCCUUCUGUUGCAGUUCUGCAGGAAAUGUAAAUACACUCAGUCUGACCAUCCUGUAUGUUAUCUUCUCCCCAUCACACAGAUUAAAAAAAUGUGCCAGGCAAAACCACACACACUGGAUUGUAAAUAGCUCUCUCUCAGAGCCUUGAAAAUAGGGGUUCAUGUUUACAGUAUUUAAGGGUUGUAUUGGACAGUACUAUAUUAUUGAAAUGUAUUUUCCCACCCGGAAUGGGUUAUCUAUCUUGUCUACAUAAAAAAGCCCUAUAUUCUUAUAUAUAUAUAUAUACACGCACAUGCACACGCACACACACACACACAGUAAGUGUUGUAAUGUUUGGGACAACGCCAUAUUUUUUUCUUUUAGCUCAGUACUCUUUUAGCUCAGUACUCCAUAAGUUUAGAUUUGUAGUUAAACCAUUCAUAUGCGGUUAAAGUGCAGAUUCUAAGGUUUUAUUAAAGGGUAUUUUAAUACAUUUUGGUAUCACCAUGCAGAAAUAACAGCCCCUAAUACACUGCCCUGCCAUUUCAGGGCAUCAUAAUGUUUGGGACAAA